GCUAGCAUCAUUCGCUGGUUAAGACAUACCAGAGUUGAAGCCAAAAGAGAACCCAAGAUGCGUCCAAUCCUAACGCUAUUCCUGGUCGUCCUGGCCUCAUUCAUAGCGUUGUCCCGCCAAGCCGAUACGCCUAGCACAUCACCUAGCUCUGAUUCGAGUAGCACAUCACCUACAAGCAGCUCGUCUAGCACUUCACCUAGCUCUUCGUCAAGUAGCACAUCACCCUCAAGCAGUUCCUCCUCGGACACCACGGCCACCACAACAACCACCACAACAACAACAACCACCGCCGCCACCACAACCGAAAAAACCAAGAAGCAUCGCCGGCGACACCGUCGUCGUCGCAUCAUCAUCAUUCGUCGGGAACGUGAUGGAGAGGGUCGCCGCAGAAACCGCAGGCGCGAGCGCGAAGAUGGCGAAAGCAGCGGAAGCGGAAGUGGCCGCAUCGUGAGGCGUGUUCGUGUGCGUGAGCGUCGCUUCAGGCGUUCAGGACGUCGUUUUGCUUAAAUUCCCUAUGAAAUUCCAUCUACCAAGCACUUGGCUACGAAAUAAAUUACCAAAUUCAGCAUAAA